AUUUUUCCAAAUGGAUACUAAGAUGACACCUCCUGACAAGAUGGCACAACAUUUUAAGGAAGUAAAUGCUCCUGGGAUUUCAAAGAUUGAGUUCAAAUUAAAAUCAAAAUCACGAGGAAAGCUGAACAAAUAAAUGCGGUCUUGCUGUAUUAUUGUACUUUGUAGCUCAUGCAUUUUGUAUCCUCGGAAUCUGCAUAACAAAUCCCUCGUCGAUGCAUUUAUCUAACCUUUUCAACUUCAUAAUGUGGUCUCUGGUUCUAUUGAGCAUGGGCUUUUACAUAAAGUUAGUGCUGACUCCACCCGGAUUCUUAGAAGCAAGUGUGAUUAAUAUAGAUAAACUACAGUCAAAUCAUCAGCAUAGCUCUCCUAGGGUCACUAAUUUCUCUCAAAAGAUGAGUGAAAAUGCUGAGGAAAGAAAUACUUCCCCUAUUAGGCCUAUGAAAGGCGGCAAAUCAAAGAAGAAAUAUAUUGAACUUGAUGAAUCUGAAGGGAAUGAGUACAAUAAGUCAUCAGGCAGGAGCUCUACAAAGAAGAUAGCUUCAAAGAAAGUUAACCCAAAUUCUUCAAAAGUUUAUAGAAGGAAAUCUGUGUUCGAGGGUAAAGAAGGUUCUCCAAAACUCAUCAAGAGGGAAGAUAUGAAGAAAUUGCGGAGCAGAAAUUCUAAAGACGAAGAGCGCAAGAGAGUCUAUGACAAGAUCAACGACAGGAUCGCUCAUAGCUGAGUCACACAGGAGGACAACACCGGCCAAGAAGCGCUAGAUGAUGAUAAAUGCAAGGCAUUUUUUGAACAAAUUGAGCACGAAAAGGUCAAUUUUGAUUCGUCACUUUUAUAUGGCACAACACAACCAGCCGGUAAAACAAGGAAGAUCAGUGAUUUCGGAGGUGAUGAAGAAGAAAUUAAAGAGAACAUGAAAGAAAACCCAGAACAAGUUACAGAGAAAAUUCAUGAUUUUGAAGACCCUGCCAGAGAAGGCACAGAUAAGCACCAUGGCCUUUAUGGAGAGGAAAUAGACAAUGAUGUCGUAACACUUGAUGAUGAGAAUGAAGAUGAAAAGAAUGAUAUCGAAAACCGUCCUACCAAACACCUGGCUGAUGUAAUGAUCGAUAGGCAAGAAAAUAGCUUAAAUAUUUCAAAACUUAGACCUUUAGAGCUCAACUCAAGUCAUCUUAAGUUAAAUGAAUCCAAGUUUCACUUUGGCGAAGUUUCAAAACAGAACAAAAACAAGGAGAUUAUAAUAGACUGUCUUGAUGAUCCGGAGAUGGCAAAUACUCAAGCUCUUGAAGAAAGAAUACCUAUUAACUUUGAAACCCACUACUGUACAAAAUGAAGCCUUGAACAACCUCUGAGAGCAAAGCAUUGAAACGAAUGCGGAAAAUGAGUUGCAACUUUUGAUCACCAUUGUCCAUUCAUUGGAGGUUGUGUAGGAGAGAAAAACAGGAGGUUCUUCUUUAUGUUCAUUUAUUCCCAAUACUUUACGAUGAUCUAUGGGUUGAUUUAUUCGAUAUGCAUAUACUUCACAUCUGACGCAAGCUCCAUCUUCCUAUUUUUAUAUAUGCUGAUAAUCUACCUAACCGAGUUGUUCUUUAUCUUAUUCUUGACAUCCCUGACAACUGUUCACACAUAUCUUGCUAUAAACAAUAUGACUACUUGGGAAUUUCUUUCCAGGAGUUCCAUUACUUAUUUGACAAACUGGCCGAGGAAGUACGGCUCACCUUUUUCUAAAGGGACUCAACAAAACUUGAAAAUUUAUUUUAACCCACCAACUAAGGGGAAAGAUAUCAUGAUGUGGGAGUUUCCAGAUGCUCUUCCUACUUUUGAAGAGGGCGAGGUGCUGAUCCGUUCAUCUCCAUUGACUCAGUACUAUGUGAGAUUGUGUGGAGAUUAAGGUUUAAUGUAGGUAAAAUUUAGAGGUUCAGUG